AUGUUUCAUUCGAAACUAUUGAUUAUUUUGGUAUUGAUUACAAAUGGUUUAUCUAAACCAUUCGAAUCUUCACCUCAACGUUGUUGUUUUCCAAAGCGAUAUAGUACGAAAAUUCGUGUUUUCGCUGAAGAGAUAUUACGAGAUGGAUCGGUGAUAAAAACUUUUAAUGAAUACGAAGAAGCGCAUGACCUUGAUAAUGGUUUAGUUGCAACAAGAGGACCGACAAAUCAUUCUGUAUUUUAUACUCCAAGGCCUUUUCACGAUAUUGUUGAUUAUAAAAAUAAAGUUCGAUAUUCACUUUCUCCUGAUGGAAAUCAUUGUGUGAAACAAGAUUCCGAUUAUCCACUAGAAAAUUGUAUUGAAGAACGUGAAAGUUAUGUCAACUCAGCAGUCUACAAUCAUAAUGGAAACGAAAUUCUUGUUGAUACAUGGGCAUAUUAUGCAUAUGGUUUGCUUAGUUAUCAAACAGUUAGUCGAGAUAAUUGUAUCAAAGUUGAAUCAAGAUUUUUUCAUGAAGAUGGACGGAGUUCAACAAAAGUAACAAGUGAUUAUAGUCAGGAUAUUGUAGAUCCAAGUAUCUUUACAAUUCCAAAGGCAUGUCAAUCUUAA